AUGGCUGCAAUGGCUUCUACGUUCUUCUCGAGAACCACUCCAACUCUUCCGCGUAGAGCCAUUACGAAUUCAAUCCCCAAAUUUGCACUCUCAAAAUCGCUUUCGAACUCUAAACGCCAUAAUUCAAUUAUAGUGUCUGCGGUUCGUGACGACGAUAAUUACAAAUCCUUCAGUUUUGAGCUUACCGAUUAUGGCUCCGACAGUUUGAAGAAGCUUUUGGAUUCAUUCUUUGUUGUCUGUACCUCAGUCGCCUUGUCGGCUUGCUUAUAUGUGGCUGAUGUUGAUUCGGCCUCGGCCUUUGUAGUCACUACGCCGAGGAAAUUGCAGACAGAUGAGCUCGCCACAGUUCGUCUUUUUCAAGAGAACACGCCUUCAGUUGUCUACAUCACUAAUCUUGCUGCUAGGCAGGACGCGUUCACAUUGGAUUUGUUGGAGGUGCCCCAAGGAUCAGGAUCAGGAUUUAUAUGGGAUGCGCAGGGCCACGUCGUCACGAAUUAUCACGUGAUCCGGGGUGCAUCUGAUCUCAAGGUUACUCUUGCAGACCAGAGCACUUAUGAUGCAAAAGUUGUUGGAUUUGACCAAGAUAAAGAUGUUGCUGUUCUGCGAAUUGAUGCACCAAAAGACAAGUUGAGACCUAUCCCAAUUGGCAUAUCUGCAGAUUUGCUUGUUGGUCAAAAAGUAUUUGCUAUCGGAAAUCCAUUUGGCCUUGACCACACACUUACAACUGGUGUUAUCAGUGGACUGCGAAGGGAAAUCAGUUCUGCAGCUACAGGACGUCCGAUCCAGGAUGUCAUCCAAACCGAUGCUGCAAUUAAUCCGGGCAAUAGUGGAGGGCCACUUCUUGACAGUUCAGGAAACCUUAUUGGGAUAAAUACAGCUAUAUACUCUCCUUCUGGUGCAUCAUCUGGUGUUGGAUUUUCUAUUCCUGUUGACACCGUAGGUGGCAUUGUUGAUCAGUUGGUGAGGUUUGGGAAAGUCACCAGACCAGUUUUGGGGAUAAAGUUUGCACCGGAUCAAUCCGUGGAGCAACUCGGAGUUAGUGGCGUUCUUGUACUGGAUGCUCCUCCAAAUGGGCCAGCUGGCAAAGCAGGUCUUCAAUCUACUAAACGCGAUGCCUAUGGCAGACUUAUUUUGGGCGAUAUAAUCACAUCUAUCAAUGGAAAGAAGGUCUCUAAUGGCAGUGACCUGUACAGAAUCCUGGACCAAUGCAAAGUGGGUGAUAAGAUAACUGUGGAAGUACUACGAGGUGAUCACCUAGAAAAAAUCCCAGUACUCCUCGAACCAAAGCCCGAUGAGUCAUAG